CGAUCAAAUCUCCACCCAAAAACCCAUCGUCUCCUACGAACUUGUCCUCACGAACUUCUGAUUUUAUCAAUCGGUCACUCACACCAGUGAAGCACUACCGUGUCUCACUUUUUCUUAUCUUAUCUCUCUCAAUCGCUCUCACCACUGAAGAACUGCGGUCUCUCGAUUUUUCUUAUCAGAAAUUGACGACGUACUUUGUUGCAAGAGGAAAUAAGUUGUCUCUAUCACUGUUGAAGCGAAUGCUAAAGGCCUAAAGCAAACCAUGUUGAAGUCGACCAUUGGCCCCAUGUUAUCAACCCUCUACCCGCAAAAGUUAUUCCCCAUCAAAUUAGCGUCUUUUUGUAGUGCAUUACCACGAAGCCCACCAAUUGUUCGACAAAAUACAUCAACCAACAUUCCAACUAUCGAGACCCCCUCUUACAAACUCCCUCCAACUUCAGCUUACGUCCAUCUCCCUUUCUGCCGCAAACGCUGUCAUUAUUGUGACUUCCCAAUAUUAGCUCUGGGUUCUUCUUCAACAGAAACCGCAGACAAUGAUCCAAGAAUCUCAAAUUACAUCCAUCUUCUUAUUCGCGAAAUGGAAGCAACGCAAACAAAUUUUAACCAACACCCACCUCUUGAAAUCGUCUUCUUCGGUGGUGGCACGCCUUCGUUGGUGCCACCAAGACUCGUUGCUAAGGUCCUUGACACAUUGAGAUCGAAAUUUGGGUUGUGUUUGGAUGCCGAGAUAUCAAUGGAAAUGGACCCCGGAACAUUUGAUGCAAAGAAACUGAAAGAGUUGAUGGGAUUGGGUGUGAAUAGGGUGUUUUUAGGAGUUCAAGCUUUUCAAGAAGAGUUGUUGAAAGCUUGUGGGAGAGCUCAUGGUGUUGACGAGGUUCAUGAGGCAAUUGAGAUUAUUAAUUCAUGUGGUGUCACGAAUUGUAGUUUGGAUCUUAUUUCUUCUCUCCCACACCAAACUCAAGAAAUGUGGGAAGAGAGUUUGAAGCUCACUGUUGAAGCCAAUCCUAAUCAUGUCUCAGUUUAUGACCUUCAAGUUGAGAAAGACACCAAAUUUGGUUCAUUGUAUAUACCAGGUUCUGCUAGUUAUAUCAAUGGAACAAGAUAUUCAAGACCAAAGAAGUUAAAAGAUUACACAGAUUAUGUCAAGAAUUUGGAGGGUGGAUUAGUUGAUUUGUCACAAGAAGGUGAUGAUGUUGAUAAAUGGGAAAUGGCUAUGGACAUUGUGAUGCUUUCAUUAAGAACUUCAAAAUGGUUGAAUUUGAAGAGUUUUGGAGAUAAUUUUGGGAGUGAGGUUGUUGUGGAGUGGGCAUGUGGUGUUUUUGGAUGA